GGGGGGGGUAUUAUUUAUUUAUUUAUUGCUGCGGUAUAGUACUUUAUGGGGUCGCGGAGAGCCUGGGUAGUGUAGCCAUGUGCAUGGAAACAGCUUUUGUCAUCAUUUCUUUUGGAAAAUAUGUAAGAAUAGGACAAGCCGUUCGCUACAGAGCACAGAGGUUUUACAUCCAAUAGUCCAAAAAGCAAAAAACUGUACUGAUACCGGGGCAUCUCCGUGAUUAAACCAAAAUCUGAGGCCAUUUUCAAAAAUUGACAUGCAUAAAAUAUCAAACCCCAAAUUCAAAAACCCACAUCCAAAAUGCAGAGAGAAUCAAGAAUUGGGGGACUCACUGUAUUGACGGUGCUAUUGUGUGUUGCCACGUGGCACAUUGCCUUUGCCUUCAUAGACGGACCAUUAGAAAAUGGCAAUUUCGAGCAGGCUCCGAAAUCGUCAGACAUGAAAGGCACGGUUGUCCUUAAACCCCACGCCAUACCAAAAUGGGAAAUCUCCGGUUUUGUUGAAUACAUAAAAGCAGGGCAAAAACAGGGCGACAUGCUAUUAGUUGUUCCUGAGGGAUAUGCUGCUGUUAGGCUUGGAAAUGAGGCAUCAAUCAAGCAACGGUUAAACGUGACUAAAGGAAUGUACUAUUCGUUAACAUUUAGCGCUGCCAGAACCUGUGCUCAAGAGGAGAUUCUUAAUGUAUCCGUGGCACCGGAUUCUGGGGUGCUACCGAUUCAAACAGUGUAUAGUAGCAACGGUUGGGACUCGUAUGCAUGGGCAUUUCGAGCAAUCUAUAGUGUGGUCGAGAUCCUGCUUCAUAAUCCAGGAGUAGAAGAAGAUCCGGCAUGUGGUCCACUAAUCGAUUCCAUUGCCAUUCGAGCUUUGUACCCUCCUAAAGCUACUAAUCAGAACCUGGUGAAAAAUGGAGACUUUGAAGAGGGUGCUUAUAUAUUUCCCAACACGAGUUGGGGAGUCCUUAUCCCACCCAACAUCGAGGACGAUAACUCUCCAUUGCCAGCCUGGAUGGUUGAAUCCCUCAAAGCUGUCAAAUACAUCGAUUCUGAUCAUUUUUCAGUACCACAUGGCAAGCGUGCCAUUGAACUUGUCGGAGGAAAGGAAAGUGCCAUUGCACAAGUAGUAAGAACCAUCGUAGGCAAAACUUACCGACUCACAUUUGCCGUGGGCGAUGCUAGCAAUUUUUGCAAGGGAUCAAUGAUAGUCGAGGCAUUUGCUGGAGGACGGGACACUGUCAAGGUUCCUUAUGAAUCCAAGGGUACGGGUGGCUAUAAACUCGCUGGGCUGAGGUUCGUGGCGGUUUCUAUUAGGACAAGAAUCAUGUUCCUUAGCACGUACUACCAUAUGAGAAGCGAUGACUUAGCUUCGCUCUGUGGCCCGGUGGUCGACGAUGUGAAGCUGUUGAGUGUUCGUAACCCCAAACGACUCGUCUAAUGAGACAGGAUUAAAAGCUUUUGUCGUACUAUGAAUACCAUUGUUGUAAGGAUUUUGAGUAACAAGACUUACAUAUCAUUUCAGUUUGAAUAGGCUCUUGUUUGAGCCCCAUUUUUUUUUUUUAAGAAUGGAUUUUUGAAUGGUGUAUUGAUGGGAAA